AUGAAGAAAAAGCUAGGUUCAAUGAGCUUCGCCCCAUCAGGCAAAGAGGAAACUCGUAUAUUUUUCCCUUCUGCCCUUUGGCUAUCUGCAAAACAGCUUUGUUUAGCCGCUGUUAGGGUUUCUAUCUUAGACUCAUAUAGCUAUGCAUAUGUAACCUUUUUUGAUUCUGACUGAAAUGAAGUCAGAAAUACUGACUUUGUAGGGUAA